AUGACGGAAAAAGCUCCGGACGGCGGACCCAAAGGCAACAGAGUCUGGGCUGACGGCUGGCAAGUUCUUUCGAUGUUCGAAAUCUAGAAUCUAUCAUGCCCGAAUGAGAAAUAGAAGUCUUUGUUCUUUCAUAUUAAAAGUAAAUGAAUGAAAAUUAGUUAUCCUUUUUUUCCAACUGGAAAACGAAAGAAAGCGAUUUCUUUCUACUGAGAUUCAUACGGUUGAAGUUAGUUCAAGAAAUAUUUUUUUUAAAAAGGUUUAGAAUUUUCUCGAUGUUUUGCAGCUAUGAUAUGGUACACUUUGGGCACGCCAAUCAGCUUAGGCAGGCGAAACAAUUUGGGAAGACUCUAGUUGUCGGCGUGCACAGCGACGAAGAGGUUCUUUCUUCUUUUUUUUACGAACUUUGAAUUAACAAAAAAUCAACCCCCUUUGAAAGUUUCUCAAGCUUUUUGGAGAAACAAUAAAACAAAAAGCCGGAAUCUACAGAUUAAAAUGCACAAGGGGCCGCCGGUUUUCAACGAAGAAGAGCGUUAUCGGAUGGUUGCUGGCAUUAAAUGGGUCGACGAGGUGAUUUUUCCGAUUCGAAUAGUUUUGAACUACUCAGAGCAGAAUAUUUGGACCGUAUACUUCAUUCACUAUGAGUUUAUAAAGCUUUGAUUUUUUUCGCACUUUUUCCCUAAAUGUCAUUGAAAAAUGCUUGUGAAAAUUUGAAAAAAAUACCUCGAGAGAACAAAAAAUAACAAUUUCUGAAGUCCAGUCUAUUGAAAUAUACAGAAUAGGAAACUGUGCAUAAUAAUGAGAUGUCCAGGUCAUUUUACUUUGAGGUUUUAAAUUAUACGAAAACGCCCAAAACUAUGAAGACCUCGGUUAAAGUUACUAUUAGCCGUGACAUGAGCGAACGAUUUGUAGGAUUUUUCAUCUAGGCUCUUGAAGAGUUUUCAGGCGGAUUUUUUUUAGAAAAUGCUAAACAAAAAAUAAAUUGUACUCUCUUGACUUUGAUUUUUGCAGGUUGUGAUUGACGCUCCUUAUGUGACGACGGUAGAAACUCUAGAAGCCCACAAAGUCGACUUCUGCAUCCACGGAGGCAUUCUCUUUUCCAAUUACAUUGAACGCCUUUCAAUCCGUCAGUAUCUUGUUCCAGUUCUUUUUUCAGAUGACAUAACCCUGACCGCCGACGGAAAGGACACCUACGCGGAGGUGAAGCGUGAGAAACGUUAUAGGGAGUGCAAACGGACCUGCGGAGUUUCGACCACGGUAAGUCGUGUCGGAGAAGAUCUCUUUCAUUUGGAAUAAUAGGUGAAUUUUGAGCAGAUAGUACAGACUUUUACGAUUGUGUCGACGGAUAUCAAAAAUACUCUCUUUUGCGUUAAAAGAAGACACAAAAGAUGAAAAAGCAUGUCGAAGUUAUGGGCUUUGCAUUUUUCAUUUCGUUUUGCUCAACGUCCUAAUCUUUUUAAUUCUCCCUCCAUAACCCUCUGCGCACAUACCUUUCCAUGAUCAGAAAUCUGCAGGACUUGGUGGGACGCAUGUUGCUACUAACUAAGCAGCACCACGUGCACGACGACGAGAUCGAGCAGCACAAAGAACGCGCCCGCUCCCUCAGCACAGUGAGUCUAGUUGUGCCCCAUUGAAAGACAGACUCGCACGAAAAGUUCUCGUUUGAAAUUGAGACACGGCUUCCGCUAAAUAAUUAUUUUUUUUUCUUGUGAACCCCGACUAGUUUUCUCUCAUCUAACAUUUCAUGAAAAGAUUUUGAGAGUUUGAGCCUUGGAUCAAUAUAAUGGCUAUAAUUUCAAAAAUAAAAGUUCAGAAUUGGGUUGAUAAACAGUGGGAAACUAUAUUUGAUGUUUCAUACAAAAAACUAGAGAAUAAAAAUAACUUGAGAAAAGUACACCCCAAAGAUUUUCGGAAAGUGGCGAUAAAUUUUCUUUAAACUAUACAACUUGCGAUUCUUUGAACGUUGAAGCAAUUAAAACCGCUUUUUAAAUGCUAAUCAACGUUUUUCCUUUUAGACAUUGAAAAAUUCUUUUCUUUGCUUAAAUCUUUUAUUUAAAGUGAGGCUCGUAUUAUUUUGCAUUUUUAGGGCCAACAAAACUAGAAGUUUUUUUUAUAUUCGAUCCCGAAACUUUUUUUGUAGAAUAGAAAGUAUAACAAGAUAUAAUUACCCUCUACUGAAAAGCUUUUCUUUCAAAAACAUUAGGUAGGGGGCAAAUGGUGCAGACUUGUUCGGAACAAGUCUGCGCCAUUUGGGUUUAGACUGAGUUUUAACUUUAAUUUUUCCUCAUUUUUUUGAGUGUUUUCGAGCUGGCGCAAGUCUGGGAAAAAGUAGAAAAGACUUUUUUGAAAGUCCGAGUCUCACAAGUUGAACGUCAGCGGUCGUUGAAGGAUAACGUGGCGUUGUCGCCGUGGACCCGCGUCUCGCGAUUCAUCCCGACCACCACCACGAUUCUCGAGUUUGCCGAGGGCCGUCCUCCGAAGCCAACUGACAAGGUUUCUUUCCCAUUCUCCAUUGUGACCCGUUUUGAAUCUCUAUUGAUAUUAAUUCUUUGCAAUGCUCAGAUUUUGUAUGAUUGUUGAUCUCACUAUAACAGUUUGCCUCUCACAGAUAAAUUCUAAAUUGUCAGAGUAAAAAUAAGAACAACAUUUUUUUCGAUUCUGCUCUCUUAUAAAAUUACUCGUGAGUUUUACCUUAAUUUUUCAUGAACAUUGUAGAAGUUUGUGCGUUCUUGAACUUAAAAAAAACAUCUAAUAUUUUUUUCCGAAGAAGGAGAAAAUAAGAGGAAACCACCUUUUUGCAUCCUUAUCUUUCUUCAGGUCGUUUACGUUUGCGGAGCUUUCGACCUGUUCCACAUCGGGCACUUGUCCUUUCUGGAGAAGGCAGCCGAGUUCGGGGAUUACCUCGUUGUUGGGAUUCUCAGCGAUCAAGUACGGCGAGCUUUUUCUCAAGGCAUACUGAAACGCCGUUCGUUUUUAGGUAGUCAACGAGUACAAGGGCAGCAACCACCCGAUCAUGUCCCUUCAUGAACGCGUUUUGAGUGUUUUGGCGUACAAGGUGUGCUGCAGUAAUUUCUUUCGGCUUUUUUUUUCUUUGAGCAGAAAAAACUUUGGCAUAUUACUCUACGGAAUUUGCAGCCUGUAAACGAAGUAGUGAUCGGAGCGCCCUACACUGUAUCUGCGGAUUUACUCGACCAAUUCAAUGUGCAGGUGGUGGUAGAUGGCGUCCGCGACCGCCCUAACCCCUUCCGCUCGCCGGAUCCUUUCGAGGAACCCAAACGCCGAGGUUUUUCACAUAUCGAAGAAAAUGGCGCUCAUACAUGUGAUAGUCUCGGUGGGACCUGAAAGAGGGGAGGAGUGUCCAAAGAGUGACCAGAGAGUGACUUGGUGGCGCGCGUCGUCUGGAGCCUAUUCACCCCCUAGGUGACAUUGAAGGAAACUACAGGGUGACAAAUAAAUAUUGAAACGCGUUUGAAACGUUAUAACUUUCUCAAAAGUCAACCAAACACCACCAAACUUGGAACAAAUUUUAUUCAUACAAUAUAGAAACAAAAUUUAAGAAUAGUUUUCAAAACGUCCUCCUUUAGCUUUGAUAACGGCCUUCAGUCUCAUCGGAUACGCAUCGAUCACGGCACGAAGGUAGUCGUCGUCGAUUUCGUCCCAUUUCUUGAUGAGCGCGGUCUUCAGAGCUUUGAUACUUGGGUAGUUCUUAGAAGAGACCUUCUCGGUCAGAUAUAUCCACACGGCAUAGUCCAUCGGGUUGAGGUCGGGCGAGAAAGCAGGCCAAUCAGCAGCCGAGAUGAACUCGGAAAAUUGGCGCGGUACCACUCUUGAGUCCCUUUGGCACGAUGAGCGAGGGCGCCGUCUUGCUGGAAGGUCCGUGGUCGGUUUCCGUAGUGAGAAUUGGCUCAGGGCAACACCCUCAACUUUAAAAUCUACUCCCUGUAGUAUACUUGGUUCACUUUGACUCCAGGAUCCACAAAAAUCAACGUAGUUUUGCCGUCAGCGGUAAUUCCGGCAAAAACCAUCACGGAAGCCGGAUGCGGAGUUUUAUUCAGAAUUUUUUCUUUUUCACAGGCACUCUGAUAGUCAGUAGCGAUGAUCGGAUGGUUUUGGCCGUUCUUGUUCACCUCCACAGUGAAGAUUUUCUCGUCGGUAAAUAGCGUCGUCAGAUGCGAGCCAUCUUGCGUGCCAGCGAGCAGCUUUCGAGCCUUUUUCAUCCGGAAUGUCUUGUUUUUUUGAUUGAGGAAGGCUCCUUUUUGGAUACGGUAGGGAAUCAUCUUCAGCUUGUCCUUGACAAUAGUUCUCAUCGAUUCUCGACUCAUUUCGUAUUCUUUUGACAUCUUUCUCACGCUUCUUUCCGGAGUGCGUCUGAUUUUCUCUCGAACGGCUUUGACUGCUUCUGGAGUCGUGACGGUGACUGGAAAUUCCCUUCUUUGGAUGUCAUCUGAAGUACCGAGAUGCCGAUAGCGUUGUGCAGUUCGAAAAACGAGAACACGAGACAUUUUCAGCUUUUUACCGAUCUCUGAAUUCGUCAUUCAGCUUUUGACACAAUCAAUGAUUGCGGUAGGGUACAGAGAUGGGGCCACCAUUACCUGAAAACUGAAAAGUAUGAGCUGUAACUUCAAACACAUGAUAAGUGAGCAUGAAUGAACGAAAUAAACAAAAAAAUUCAAAGGCCAGUCCGUUGCGCAAAAAGCAGCGAUCAAACAAAAAACGGUUUCAAUAUUUAUUUGUCACCCUGUAGACUAAUUUGACGGUGCUGAAUCCGAAAAUAACAACGAAAAUAAGAUACGAAAAUUAAUAACUGCUCAUUUUUCAAGGUUCAAUUGAUUGGCAGAAGCGAUUUUUUUAAUAGUUAAAAUGGAUCGGACAUUAGGGGGGUAGGAGGGGACUUGGCUGCCGCCGGUCAUGCUCAUCCCAUGUAUGAUGGCGCUAACACGGUGGAUUUUAUCGAAUUCAGCUCAACUUGGUAUUCUCAAUAUUAAAAUAUUACUUUUGAUGGCUCUAAAUUGAGAAAGUUGAUCAGUUUGUCCGAAUUUACAUGUUUAUAGUAGAUAAAGUUCGCCCGCGCUGCAAAAAAACCUUUGAGGUCAAACUAGGAACCAACUGAAAAAAAAACUAUUCUCAGACUCUUUUUUCCUCAUUUAAAAGUACAGUAAGCUAAGGACAUCCUUUUUUCUAGAUUUUCCCAUAACUGUAAGAAAAAAAUUACUUUAGGAUUUCUAAAACGUUCACUUGAUUUUUUAGGGAUCUAUCGCGAAAUCGACUCCGGGAGUGAUAUGACAACGGACUUGAUUAUUGAGAGAAUCAUUUCUCACAGGUAUCCGACUCAAAGCUUUCUUUUUAUUUCUGGAUUCAAAAUUCCCAGGAUCGAGUUCGAGAGCAGAAACCAGAAAAAAGAGAAAAAAGAAGCUGACGUGGCGCGUGCCAUGAAUUUGAUAAAGUCUAAAACAUCUGUGGAGCCGGUUAACAACUGA